CGUCCUGUGUAAUAUCCCAAACUACCUGAUAGAACACUACCACGAAGAAGAAACUCUUCUUUCUCACUCUUCACUCUUCAAAGGAAUCAAGCCUGAGAGAGGGAAUCUGCAACCAAGAAACAAAGAGGCUACGAUACACAUCACUCACACGCCUUAUAAACAAAAUCAAGUUUUUGUCAAGGAACCCUCUGACGCUGACAUGAUGUCCCAGCAUGCAGCCUUGACCAGCUUGUUCGGCGAUGACCCUUUCUUCAGCCAGGAGCGGCUGCUCUGGCCACUGCGUCACGAGGCCCUCUCCUCACUGCAGCAAGACUUCUUCAACCAGAGAGCCAAGCUGGCCAACAGCCUCCUGAGGGACCUCCACGAUGGGCCCCACCUGCUCAAACUUCGCCAGUUGCCCCUAAUUUCCUCCACUUUGGCGAGGCUGAGUGAUGGUAAAGAGCAGCAAAGAGAGACUCCCAGCACAGAGCUGCACAAGGUAGCUCAGCAGGCCACAGAAAACAACGGCGACCUCCUGGUGACCCUAGAUGCUCGCGGUUACGCCCCCAAUGACAUCACUGUCAAACUGGAAGGGCGGAGCCUGGCCGUGGUGGCCAUGAAGCAGGCCGGAGCAGAAGAAAGCCAGUCCUGCUCCUCCACCUCCUCCUGCGCCUCCUCCUGCUCCUCGGCCUCCUCUCAGAUGGGAUUCGUCCAGAAGAUCGACCUGCCCGCUCACGUGGAUCUGUCCGGCCUCUCCUGUUCCCUGAUGGAUGAUGGACAGCUCCGCAUCCAUGCCCCUGUGGCCAAGCAGCCAAUCAGUGAGGAGCGCCAGGUGCCCAUUCGAUUCAGGACAUCACUGGAAUUUCCCGUUACCAAGACAGAGGAGGAACACACAGACUAAUCCACACAUGACACACACUCCACACAUACUGUCUGAAUGAAAACACAUUUUUUAAUAAAUAAUUAUAUGUUUUUAUGCCCACACACACACACACACAGACUUUCACAGUCACACAGUCUUUAAUGAGUAAAGUUUACCAUUACUAAAUGAAGAGAAUAUUUAUUUUAUAAUUAUUUGCAAUUUGUAUGAACUGUUGAAAUAAAGUGUUUGAUUUUCAGAAAAUUACAUUCUAUUCGUACAGUGAUGUCUGCAUGGUGCAGGGAUUUAUUAAAUAAACAGAUAACUACU